UGUCCGUCCUAUCCGAAUUCGUGUAUCUUCUUCAUCUCUCUCUCUCUCUCUCUCUCUCUCUCUCUCUGUUAGGCCACCUAAAACGGAGCUCUCACUGCUUUCUAUCUGCGGAGAACUGAGCAGUCUAAUAAGCUGCUACUGUUUUUGAAAGGGAAAUGGAUCUCUUGAGUUCCACAACCCUCCGUUUAAAUUUGAAACCCUCUCUAUUUCAUAAUUCUCGCCUCUCUGCUUCGACUCCUCUCUCUGAACGUAUUCGACCCAUCAGGGAAUUUACCAGUUUUCAGAGACUUACCUUCGCUUCCCGCCAAUUUUCUCUUCGCAUAUCUUCAACUCGCAGGACCCUGGCUCAAACUCAACGCUCCAUCCAUGCAUCGGCAGUUGCUCUCGACACGGACAAAGAUAAACUGCCGGCUGAUAUUGAGGUCACAGAAACCGAGGAGCCCAGCUCCAGAGUACGGUUAACUGUGAAAGUUCCAUCAGUUGUAUGCGAGGAUUGUUACAAAAACGUCAUCAUGGAGAUUACGAAGCAGUCAAAGGUACCUGGAUUUCGCCCGGGAAAGAAUGUUCCAGAGACUAUCCUUGUAAACUAUGUUGGCAAAAAGAAUGUUCAGCGAGCUACAAUUGAAUCUAUUCUGAAGAGGACCCUUCCACAUGCAAUGUCAUCGGUGACUGGGAAGGCCUUAAAAGAUUCCGUUCGCAUUGUUACCAAAUUUCCUGAAUUGGAGGAAGCCUAUUCUCUUCAAGGUUUUCUCAGAUAUGAUGUUGUGGUCGACGUUGCACCUGAGGUUAAAUGGAUUCCUGAGAAUGGAUAUAAGGACUUGAAGAUUGUUGUUGGGAUAGACAGUGACAUAGAUGCUCAAAAGGCUUCUGAAGAAGAGCUAAGGCGUCGCCACAAGAAUCUAGGUUCACUAAGAAUUGUAACUGAUAGAGGAUUACAGAUUGGUGAUGUUGUUGUCCUUGAUAUAUCUGCAACAACAGUUGAGCAGGAUGAAUCUAAUGCUCGACAAAUUCCAGCUGCAGAGAGUAAAGGAUUUCAUUUUGAUACAGAAGAAGGUGAUAAACUUCUGCCUGGGUUUCUUGAUUCAAUAAUUGGGAUUCAACAAGGUGAAACAAAGUAUUUUCAACUUGUAUUUCCAGAGUCAUGGACCCAAGAAAGCCUCCGUGGCAUUCAUGCUCAGUUUACUGUUGAAUGCAAAGAAAUUUUUUAUAGAGAUUUGCCAAAAUUGGAUGACUCUCUAGCCGAUAGGCUUCUUCCCGGGUGCAGUACAUUGGAACAGGUCAGAGAAUCAUUAUUUCAGAGAUGUAAAGAAGUGGAGCAGACAGCUAGAGAACAAGCAACAGAUAAUGCAAUUCUUGAUCAGCUUCGUAAGAUGAUUGAGGUUGAUAUUCCACAAUCUUUGUUUGAGGAACAAGGCAGACAACUUUAUGGAGCAAAACUUUUACAGAUACAGGCAAAUAUGAAGCUUGAUCAAAAGCAGUUAGCUUCUCUUUCAAGCCCAAAAGCAGUAAAUGAGUAUCUGGAAAGCCAGAGGGAGAAUAUAAUAAAUGUGAUAAAACAGAAUCUGGCUGUAGGAGAUAUAUUCCAGCGCGAAAAUUUGCAGUAUUCAACAGAUGAGCUUGUCAAAGAGGUUGAGAAUUCCAUUGCCGAAUUUAAACGCCAUAAGCAAGAAUAUGACGAGGAGCGAGUAAGAGAACAGGUGCAAGAAAUCUUAGAGGGUGCGAAGGUUCUUGAAUGGUUGAAGGAACAUGCAGGCAUUCAGUAUGUAACCAGAUGAGAGGGAGAUCUGAGUGGUAAGAUGCUUAUGAUAGGGCUUUCGGAACAGCAAUGAGGCUCCAGAGUCCCCACCCACUUCCCCUUUUGAAUGUAGGCCUAUUCACAGGCCCAUCUUUUGGUUCAUGGGCAAGGGCAACACAAACUACCCUUAGUCUAUAGUUGUUUACUGUUUACUGAGAAAGGAGAGAGAAAUUGAUCAAAAUUUCUAACCCAUGACAAUCUUCUUUUUCCAUUUGUAGGUGGGUCAGAUUCACAUUUAUGAUGCAUAUUGGUUGAUGUCGUUAUUUCAUCGUUUUUUUAUUUUAGCUUC